UACCCUUUUUACAUUACAGGGUACAGCAGAAAAAUAUCAGGGGAGUAAGGAUUGAAGCUGGGACUUGUAUUGUAUCUGUGUCAAUAUCCGAGCUCAAGGUAAUAUCAUUCACCUUCACUCCUUUGGUGUUUCAAAUUUGAGGCCUUUUCUUCAAUUUGAAUUUUACCCCAUCAACAUGUUGAAUACCCUUCUCUACAAAUGCGUCACUUUCACUGCAGCAUCACAUUACUCUCUUUUCCCCCACUACCCAUUACUAUUUUCUCUGCGUCUCUGCACAACAACCACUUCAAAUUCACGCUCCUUUUCGGUAUCCUACCUCAUCCACAAUUUUGGGUUCUCCUCUGAAUCUGCUUCCAAAGCUUCUGACUCUCACAAAAUUUCUUUCCAGACCCCGGAAAAGACUGAGUCAGUUAUCAGGUUCUUCAGAGACCACGGUUUCUCUAACUCCCAAAUAAUCAAUAUGGUUAGAAAGGUACCAUGGUUGCUUUCCUGCGACCCUUGCAAAAGGGUAUUGCCCAAGUUUGAAUUUUUACUCUCAAAAGGUGUUUCUAGCUCUGAAAUUAUUGACCUAGUGAGUAAGCACCCUGGAUUACUGAGUCCAAGCCUGGAGAAUAAUAUAGUCCCAACCUAUGAAUUGGUACAUGGAUUCUUGAAAUCUGAUGAGCACACUAUUAAUUGUUUGUUUGGUAAUUCCAUUUUCUCUGGCGGCCAUUAUGUCGCGCGCAACAUCAGAGUGUUGCUUCAGAAUGGAGUGGGAGAAACAAACAUUGCACGAUUAUUGCGGAACCGUUGUAAAGGGGUUUUCUCCUCAACUGAUAUUCUUAAGGUGGUGAAGGAAGUAAAUGAUUUGGGGUUUGAUCCUUCAAAAUCGACUUUUGCUUUAGCAUUGGUUGUUAAAAGUAGGAGCCAAACCUCAUGGAAGGAGAAAGUUGACGUCUAUAAGAAAUGGGGUUGGUCCGAUGAAGCCUGUCAUGAAGCUUUUAGAAGGUGCCCUCACUGUAUGUUGACAUCGAUUGACAAAAUAAAUACUGUGAUGAAAUUUUGCGUCAAUCAGUUGGGCUAGGAUGCUUUGGACCUUGUCCAAGCUCCCAAGCUUUUUGGGUUGAGUAUGGAGAAAACUAUCAUUCCAAGGGCUCUUGUUGUCCAGUAUUUACUCGCAAAAGGCUUGAGGAAAAAGAGUGCCAGCUGUUAUACCCCGUUUGUUGUUUCUGAAAAGGAGUUUAUGGAAAAGUAUGUGAUACGUUUUAAGGAGGACACACAUCAACUGUUAAAGCUGUACCAGGAAAAAAAAAAAUUGUUCAAGGAAAAAGGGAUGAUGGUGCAGCAUCUGGGUACUUAUCAAACGGUUAAAUUAUGAGUAAAAAUUUCUCUUACUCGAGAUCUCCCAUUCAAGCACUUGUGUUAACCCUGUCUAAAUUCAACUGAUUUAGUUUAACUGAGUUAUUUCAUUUUGACGGGUUGGAAUGGAACCCUUGUUGGCUGUUGCACUCUUCAAUUUCCAUCACAUUUGUGAUUUAUAUCAAGUACUUGAUGCUUUAUAAAUGACUGAAGCAUUAGAAGUUUAGCACAAACUCUUUAGCAUCCAAUGCUUGUUUGUAACGUAGCUUACACAGUCAUGUUUUUUGUUUCCUUUGUAAUGAAUAAGUAUUUAUCAUCCUUA